CGUCGAUGCCGACAGCUCCGUCCACCGUGCGCUGCGGGCCAUGGGCCGCGGCACCUCCCAGCGCCCUGACAACCCGUUGGUGACUGUGGAAUGCGGCGUGCGGCCGCCCGACUCCUCGCCUGCCGACGCGUGCCAGCCUCGACGCAAACCGUGCCUUUUCGACCUCCAGGCCGACCCUUGCGAGUACAGGAACGUCGCGGCAGAGGAGAAGAAGGUGCUGGCACGGCUUUUCUACAGGCUGCAGGAGCUGCAGGCGAGCGGCAAGCCCGCGCUCAACAGAGCCCCGUCAGCGGCCGCAAAUCCGGCGCUGCACUGCAACGUCUGGGUGCCGUUCAUGGACGGCGAGAUCGACGGGCGUGCCUUCCAGGGACAGCGACAAGGCAGACGCCGGUACCGGAGCUGAGCACUCUGACGUUAUCACACUGCCCAAGCAAGGGAAUCUAGCACGCAGUCGUCGA